CUACCCUGUGCUGGGUAGUGAUGUAUAGCGAGCGGAUGGCUGGCAGAGGGAGGAGGUGCUGAAAGCCGGUCGGAGCGACGAGCCGGUCAAAGGAAAAAAAACGAACAGCACCACAAGUUUGUUCGGUUUUUCUCGCCAAACUCCAAGUACGAUCGAAGUGGUUCAGGUGGUUUCACCUGCGGUCGCCCUGCCAUCUCAGCUCCUUCUCUACUUCAUCCCUGCCUCGUUUGUCUGAGAGUGAGUGAGUGAAGCGCUGAGAGAGGCCGUGUCGGUAGCAGCAGGCGGCGGACGGUGACGCGUGUGGGGAAACAGACAGACUCUGUUUGGGCGAUUGACCAUGGGUGACAUCAGUGAUCUGGACAGACAGAUUGACCAGCUGAGGAGGUGUGAGCUCAUCAAGGAGAAUGAGGUCAAAGCCUUGUGUGCCAAAGCCAGGGAGAUUCUUGUGGAGGAGAGCAACGUACAGAGAGUGGAUUCUCCAGUUACAGUGUGCGGUGACAUCCACGGACAGUUUUACGACCUGAAGGAGCUUUUCAGAGUGGGUGGUGACGUUCCAGAAACAAACUACCUCUUCAUGGGAGACUUUGUGGACAGAGGCUUUUACAGUGUGGAGACUUUCCUCUUGCUUCUGGCACUUAAGGUGCGCUACCCAGACAGAAUCACGCUGAUCCGGGGGAACCACGAGUCCAGGCAGAUCACACAGGUGUACGGCUUCUACGACGAGUGUUUGAGGAAGUACGGCUCAGUCACAGUCUGGAGGUACUGCACGGAAAUCUUCGACUACCUUUCCCUCUCGGCCAUCAUCGACGGCAAGAUCUUCUGCGUGCACGGCGGCCUCUCGCCCUCCAUCCAGACUCUGGACCAGAUCAGGACCAUCGACAGGAAACAGGAAGUGCCACACGAUGGACCAAUGUGUGACCUGUUGUGGUCUGACCCUGAAGACACUACAGGCUGGGGGGUCAGCCCGAGAGGAGCGGGAUAUCUGUUCGGCAGUGACGUUGUGGCCCAGUUCAACGCCGCCAACGACAUCGAUAUGAUCUGUAGAGCCCACCAGCUCGUCAUGGAGGGCUACAAGUGGCACUUUAAUGAAACUGUGCUCACUGUGUGGUCUGCGCCCAACUACUGCUACAGGUGCGGUAAUGUGGCGGCCAUCCUGGAGCUGGACGAACACCUGCAGAAGGAGUUUAUCAUAUUCGAAGCUGCUCCACAGGAAACGCGAGGCAUUCCCUCCAAAAAGCCAGUGGCCGACUACUUCCUGUGAGGCCGCGGCGACUUUAGGAACCUUUCUGCAGGAAGCGAGUCCUGCAUCUUCUCGUAUUUCUAUUAUCUAUCCGCCCUUUCCAUGCCCAGCUGUCUUAACUGUGCUCUUCUCUUUUUUUACUCUAUCAUUUAAAUCCUUUUCUAC